GCGCUCUCCCGCCACUUUGGGAGAGAGACAGGUCUGUCGACAACGGAGCUUGGAGACAGGACGCGCCACCUCGAGCCAUUGCGUCUUGCUCCGAAGGACAGCCUUCUCUUCAAGCGAAGGCUGCGUCCGGUAUGCCGUCGGUCCAACCGACUACUGCGUUCAAUGUUGCGCUACGACUACCCCCUGCAAGGCGUCGCCUUGGCCAAUGCAUAUACAUGGCGAGAAACUAAGUUCUGUCUCUUGUCUCGAUCAGAUUGGAAUGGAGCAAAAUUAGCUCAGACCCAUCGGUAACGCCGGUGCCAAAAAGUACGAGGCGUCCAUUUUUACAGUCGGAUGGCAACGAGAACGUGCCUCCUCUGGGACGUCCGACUCCACCGACUGCUGUCUUGCGUCGCUGCCAUCAUCGUCUUCUACGUCGAGUGGACGGGGUCGGAUGCGGUCAAGGCCAACCUCCUCGGCGCCAACAACCCCACGCACCUCGCGUCCACAUACUCGAGCCCACUCAUUGGACCAUGGGUCGCUAGCCUUCUCAACAGCAGCGGCCCUUGGAUACCACCGACGACGGGCUGGCUCUACUUGGACUCGGCACCCGACGGCUCGUUCUCUGCAAGCACCGACGCAUGCCACACCAUGUUACCGGGCGACCGCAUUUACGCGCCAAGGUACCUCAACAAGCUGUUGCCGCGCAUUGCGAGCGCUGCGCCAUCGCUCCCGGCGCUUCUGUCGUCGACGAUCCUUGUUGACUGCGCGUACAGUGGUCGGAUGGUCCAAGACACGACUGCUCUCAAAUUGCACUUUGUCGAUCCGGCGGCGACGCAGCUGACAACCCUCUUUCUCCAGACGGUGCACAUCAACCGCCCAACGAAACGCCUCUCAUCCACGUGCGGGUUGGCGACGUUCUCGACCGUCGACCUCUCGGCCGUGACGCUGCCGGAUCUCACAACGCCGCAGGAAGCCUCCUACAUGCACGCAGUGGGCCUCGACUUUCCCUACGUUCUGCCGCCGUUUUACCGCCUCACGGUGCCCCACCCACACGAUCGGACGGUGGAGGGCAUGUGGGCAGGCACGCUAGCGCCCACGAACGAGCCCGUCUCGGUGGCGGGUACCGACGGCAUCUACCGGUCGUCCAUCGACACGCAAGCCAGCUUUGGCUACGUGACGUGGGACUUUCCCAAUAACCCGAUCGAGUUUAUGCAGUUGAUUCAUUAUCUGACGACCGAUGUCUCCAAGGACGCGUACGGCUGGGUGCGCCUUCUCCUUGGCAUGGGCAUCACCCUCACCCUCGCUGUUAACGGCAGCGUCGCCCUCCUCGUCGCGCUACGCAUGCACAGCGUUCUUGGCGCCACGUGGGUGCCCGACGUGUUUCCCUGCGUUCAGUUCCGCAUUCAACUGCGCGCGCUCCUCUGCCUCGUCGUGCUCGUGAGCACGAACGGCUGGCACCUCUACGAGUACGCACUCUGCACGGCCGACGCCCGCCAAGGCUGGACCAACACGUUUGUGUUGACCGACAUCGUCCGCGCCGAUGCGCUCAUGGUGUACCUCGGGCUCAUGAUUUCGCUGGCCAAGGCCGUGCGCAUCCGCCUACGCCUCGACCUCGUCGUGCUCAUCUAUCUGAUUUGCUACCAGCUGAGCGACAAGAUCGUGGCGACGCACGGCCUCGCACUGGAGGCGACGAAUGCCUUUGUCAAGGCCAACUACCUCGCCAACAUCCUCGAGGCCAACGUCGACGGCAUGGACCUCUGGACGUGGCACGAAAACCACGACACAAAUUUAACGCUGUUGCUGACGCAAAUGACGUGGUGGCUCCUCGCAUGCCUUCUCUGCGCCCUCUACGCCGCCUUUGAAAAAACAAGCAACAUGUACGAUGCCAAGACGCGGACGUGGCGGACGUGGCGGCGCAUGCACCACCUCACGCUGCUCUGCCUCGACAACACUACCACGAAUAUCGGCGGCCGGCGCAUCUCGGACCAGUUCUGCGCGCGAGUGGUGCCCAGUACGCUCGUCGCGUCCAAGCUGCUCUCACGCCGGAGCUUCUCGGGCGACGACGUCUGCCGCGCGGGGUUCGAGCCGCGCGUCCGGCAAAAGCUCUGCGAGACGUACGGCCUCGUCGCACCCCUCGACGAGUACCACCUCAUUGGCAAGACGCACUUUGUGUCGCCGUCCAGCGUCUGGCUCCUCGGCUACGUCCUUCUCGACGACCGCUUCAUCCUCGACAUCCACGACUACCCGCUCGUCGUUUGCAACGCCAUUUGCGGCCGACGACUCUUCCGCGUGUACGCGUUUCCGUACAAGCACUCGACCGUCGCCUUGGACAAGGUGCUGCUCGCACCCGACGCUGUGCCUUUAGCGUCGAUCGGUAGCCUCGCGCUGUACCGCCUGCGGUAAGGUUGCGACCCGCACAUUAUUCGAUGCACCAAUCACCGACAACGAUUUUAUCGGCGCACCAAUCAAAUUGCAGCACGGGUCACAACCCGCAGUGCGGCGUCGAGCUGUAGGUCGAGUGAAUCGAGCAGGCAGCGGACACGAGUUCGUACCGAGUAUAAUAAAGCGUCAUAGGCCAGUCCAACCAACGAGUAGUACUUGGG